ACCCACCUGCCGCCCGCCCAGCCGCCAGCCGGGGCGCCGGGCUCGCCCCUCGCCGAGCGAUGUCCAGGAGGAAACAGAGCAACCCCCGGCAGAUCAAACGUUCCCUGGCAGCGAUGGAGGAAGGUGAGGAUGCCCCGCUGGGGGACAGGAGCCCCUCGGARGGGGACGGAGCCACCUCGGACCGCGAGGGCUCGGCCGAGCGCGACACCUGCAGCCCCCCCGGCAGCGAAGAGUCCAGAGAUGCUGCAGAGAGUCCAAAGGAGCCCGAGAAGCCGGAUCCUGGAGAAAGCCCCCAGGAGCAGGAGACGUGGAAYGGGCCAGCACAGAGCCCCCCCGUGACGCUGGUGCUGGGGGACGAGAGCUGCUGGCUGUCCCGCCUGCCCCUCGUGCCCGGAGAGCCCGAUGCCAACGCCGUCAUCUACAGGAAGGAYGAAKCCCUGUGGUGCCGGACRACGCGCGCGCUGCGGGAGGACGAGCCCCUGAGCGCCUUCGUGGUGGCAGAGCCACCGGCUGUCCCCAACCACGGCGUGAAGGCAGAGCCCGGCGAGUCCCCGUACCCGGCCGCGCUGCACUCGGAUAUCCAGCUGCUGCCACAGCAGGCCGGCAUGGCCGCCAUCCUGGCCACCGCCGUGGUCAACAAGGAUGUGUUCCCCUGCAAGGACUGCGGCAUUUGGUACCGGAGCGAGCGCAACCUGCAAGCGCACCUGAUGUACUACUGYGCCAGCCGGCAGAGCGCCGGCGCCGGCUCGCCAGCCCUGGAUGAGAAACCCAAAGAGACCUAUCCCAACGAGAGGGUCUGCCCCUUCCCCCAGUGCAAGAAGAGCUGCCCCAGUGCCAGUUCCCUGGAGAUCCACAUGCGGAGCCAUAGCGGAGAGCGGCCGUUUGUCUGUCUGAUCUGCCUGUCUGCCUUCACCACCAAAGCCAACUGCGAGCGGCACCUGAAGGUGCACACAGACACCCUGAAUGGUGUCUGUCACAGCUGUGGCUUCAUCUCCACCACGAGGGACAUCCUGUACAGCCACCUGGUCACCAACCACAUGAUCUGCCAGCCGGGCUCCAAGGGCGAGGUGUUCUCGCCGGGAUCAGCCCUUCCUGCUACCAAACCCCUUGCUCCCGGGCUGAGCCAGCCGAACAACGCCUCGUUGCGGAAGUGCAGCCUGAGCGCGUUCCUGCCCGAGGCGCUGCCCUCCCUGCCCCAGCACGUGGUGCUGCCCGGCCCCGCUCCCGACCCCUCCCCGGUACCGGCACCGCCCGCCUCGCCCCCCGACCCCCGGGCCGGCAAACUCUCRCCCCCAGCCCAGCCGCAGAACGGRGAAGGKCCUUCGUCAGCAUCMUCCUCCUCUUCCUCCUCCUCCACGUCCGGCGAGCCCGUGCGCAUCAAGGAGGAGCCGGCCGGCAGCCCGGCCAGCGAGGCGGAGGCGCCCAAAAGCGGGGAGGGGGCCGGCAGCCCUGACACCGGCUCCCGGACCUCGUCCCCCCACAGCCUGCCCUCGGCCAAGGUCAAGUCGGAGCUCGCCAGCCCCACACCGGGCUCCAGCCCCGUGCCCAGCGAGCCGGGCACGGGCACGGCCGGCGGCACCGUCUUCCUCCCGCAGUACGUGUUCGGCCACGAAGCCGCGGUGGUGCCGCAGGCGUCGGAGAUCCUGGCCAAGAUGUCGGAGCUGGUGCACAGCCGGCUGAAGCAGGGCCACGGGGGUACCGUGCCACCCGCCAUCUACCCGGGCACGCCGGUGCCCAAGGGGGCCACCUGCUUCGAGUGCGAGAUCACCUUCAACAACAUCAACAACUACUACGUGCACAAGCGYCUGUACUGCUCCAGCCGGCACCUGGCCGAGGACAGCCCCCCCGGGGCACGCAAGCUCAAAGCCACCCCCGGGGCGCCCAAGGGUCCCCCUGCCCCAGGGACACUGCUGUCCCCUCCGGCGGGCAACGGGCAGGGCCCGAUGGCGGGGGACGGGGACACCGGGCGUGAUGCCACGCCGCCAGCCACCGCGCCGGAGGGGAAGGCUGAAGAGGGGGGCACCAAAGCGGGGUCCCCCGAGGCGGAGGGGGGCUCGGGGCGGUGCAGCGAGGACAGCCAGAGCCCCRGCAGCUCGGCGGGUGACGAUGGGGACGAGGACCCCAGCAAGACGCUGUGCGAGGCGUGCAACAUCCGCUUCAGCCGCCACGAGACCUACGUGGUGCACAAGCGCUUCUACUGCGCCUCCCGGCACGACCCUCCCCUGCGCCGCCCCGCCGCCCCCAAAGUGCCCUUUGUGCCGCAGCCGCUGCGCACCCGCAAGCGCCGCAAGCAGACACUACGGGGCUGGGGAGGGGGUGUGGGGGGCACCAGCCCCCCAAGAAACGUGGGGGGUGCCCCCACCGCAGAGCGGCCCCUGCACGGAGCCAGCGCCGGGAGUGAGGAUGGCGCUGCCCGGGGAACUGUGUGUGUAUAA